GUUCUGAACAAGGUAGAUUAAUAACUGGGACUUGCUUGUUGCAGGAGGUCUGCUUGGCGGUGAAGGUCUGCUCAGCAAGAAAGGUGGGCUUCUUGGCACUGGCCUUCUCGGUGAAGGUGGGCUGCUUGGUACGGGCCUUCUUGGCAAGAAGAGUCCGAGUAGUGGAGGAAGUCAAGGUCUCCUUGGCACUGAAAAUGAAUCCAAGAACGCCGGUGUCCUCGGCACAGGUCUCCUUGGUGGGGAAGGGCUCCUCGGCACCGGCCUCCUCAGCAAUAAAGGCCUUCUUGGAGAGGAAGGGCUGCUUGGCACGGGGCUGCUUGGAAAAGGAGGGCUUGUAGGCAAUGGAAGUCUACUUGGUGGUCUUUUGGGUGAAGAAGGACUGCUGGGUGAAGGAGGAGUUGGAGGGCUGCUGGGUGAAGGAGGACCGCUGGGUGCUGCAGUCCCCGACAAGUCGACACAGCACUUGGCCUGGUUGAAGAUGCUGAGCCUGGACAAAGCCCGAGCAUCGUGGAAGGUCCUUCCUGGGGGUGAGCUGGUGCUGAACCUGUACUCGAAGCUGACGUUCAACUUGCCAGGAAUAUUUCUCUUUCUGAGCGGAUCUUCGGUGGAAACGAACAUCACAUCCCACAUUGCGUUGACACAAGACACCCCUGGUGACCUCAAGUUGGUCAUUAAGGAUUGCAGAAACCUGUACGGUGGCAUUAAAGUCAACCUGCGAAAGGGCUUCUUCACCAAUUUGGUGAGCGGUUUGCUGAACUCUUCUCUUCGGUCUCUCCUACCUGCACUGUUUUGCCCAUUAGUGAAUAUUUGGUUCAGCAUCAUCAAUAUCAAACUACAAUUUCUCAACCGCAUCGUCUUUUUUGGACUCCUUGGGAAAAUCCAGUCUGCCCUCUCCAGUUUCCCGAUGACCUUGGAGAACUCUGUGGAGCUGGACUUGCAGAAAUACCCCUUUCCAGCUGUCUUCAUCGACUGGCUCCUGCAGACUGCAGGCAUCGAUGUCAGGAGCAUGCAGUAGGCACAGGGCCAGCAGUGCCUCAGCAUUCCCAGGUGCCCCCUGGACCAUUCCCACCACUACACCAAGAGGAGGAGGAGCAAAGAGAGGAGGAUGAUACGAUGCACAGAGCACAGACAUGAAAACAGGAGCAACACAACCAAGAAAAUACGCUAUUUCUUCUACCUUACAUUUCAGCCUCACCAGGAUUUGGUGGCUCUGCCAGGCUGAGCCGUGCCGACCGCAGUGCUGCCGCGGUGCCAGCGGCAGGAGCUGCGGGUCCUGCCCGUGUGCUCUGCUGGCUGUCGUGGCCGUACAGUCACCGACAAAGACAGUGGCCUGAUCCACAAGUCCUCCCCAGGCAACUGGGGCUGGGUUCAGGGCCAGUGAUGGCCAUGGCACGGGGACACGUCCCCAGUGUGUGACCGAGGCAGCCGGCAGCUGGCAGAAAGUCCUUCCACACGCACUGGUCCCACGUGAAUGUUGUGAGCGUGCACCACGUGCACCAAAUCCACAGAAAGGGAAGAAAGAGAAGGGACAAACACUGAUGAAAUGUAAGUCUUUGUCUUUGCUCUCCUCCUGCUUUGUGAUUAGUUGACCACUUGAAAAGGAAAUUUUUCUCUUUCCAGUGAUUUCUUAUUGUUAAGAAGUAGGAAGAAAGGCCUACAAUCUAAUCUAAAUAUGUACGUAGCUGAUUUGUUCACAGUUCUGCUUUGAACUGAUCACAGUACAUGCUAUCCUGUCUUGUAAUCUCCGAGUGGGUUUGGAUGUGCUGCAUUGUGGGUGAGGCCGAUCCACAUCCCUUCUGUUACUCCUCGCAAUAAAAAGGACUUUUCUUCAUCUGCAUUCA